AUGUUUUUUCGUCUUUUCGUAUCAACUUUAUUCGUGACAACAUUAUUGGCGGCGAGCAAUGCCCUGAUGUACUUAAACGAUGAAUCAAAAAUUAGAGCUCUGAGAGGGUCCUCAAUCGCUCCUGCUGCGAUGGAAUUUUAUCAGACUGAUACUUUAAAUGAAAGCGGAGAAAACCAUCGCAACAUGCAAAGUGAGGAUCGCAACAAACGUCGUUUGAACGACUUUUCUCACCAGCCGGAGUUCUCUGAUAUAGCAGUGCAUCAAAUGCCUUCGGAUAAGGGUUUUGGAGGCGGACCUGCAUUAGCAAUUAUCGCAGUUGUCGCAGCCAGUUUUAUUUUGGUCGACUGUUUAAUUAGGCAGUAUUUCGAAAAUUAA